AUGCAACAAACCGGCGUAAAUAGUGUAGCUGCGAACGUAUUCAACCAAAUUGACAGAAACAGAAAGGGAGCCAUAACUGCGAAUGAAUUGCAGCAGGCAUUAUCCAACGGAUUGGGGACGUCAUUCAAUAUCAAAACGAUUGAACUGAUGAUAUGUAUGUUUGACAAAGAUAUGAAUGGCACUAUAAAUGUCUAUGAAUUCUCUCAACUAUUUGAGUACGUACAACAGUGGCAACAAUGUUUUCGAUCAUAUGACAGAGAUGGAUCCGGUACAAUCGACUGUCGAGAGUUUCAUACUGCUUUAACAAGCUUUGGUUAUCGAUUGUCUCCUGAAUUUUCACAAUUCUUAAUUAGAAAAUUCGAUAAAAAUCGCCGCGGAUCAGUAGGAUUUGAUAAUUUUAUCUUGGCAUGUGUUUGUUUAAAAAAUUUAACUGAUGUAUUCAGACCUUAUGAUUAUCAACGAAAUGGAAUGGCACAACUUAGUUAUGAACAAUUUUUAACUGCUGCAUUCAGUGUAGUUAGUUAA